AUGUGGCGAGUCCACGGCUUCAAUGGCGCAGUUCUAGACGCAGUGGGCAUGUUCAUGGGCAAGGUGUAUGGUGUUCGGUGGCAUGCAUGGAGAGUGCAGGUGAAGGUGCAGGUGAAGGUCGAGGUGAAGGUCAAGGUCAAGGUCAAGGUCAAGGUCAAGGUCAAGGUCAAGGUCAAGGUGAAGGUCAAGGCGAAGGUCAAGGGGAAGGUCAAGAGGAAGAGGAAGAGAAGAGCUGGAGAUGGGCAGGCAGAUCUCGCAGAUCUUCCACCUCCACCGCCAGCAGAUCUACCUCCUCCUCCUCCGCCCCCGCCGCCGAAACGCAAGGUCACCACUGCACAGCCGCUGAGUGUGGAAGAGCUGCUGGCGCGAAAGAAAGCUCAAGAUGCGGCCGCAGCUAAACCCAAGUUCUUGUCGAAGAAAGAACGCGAACGGUUAGCGAAGCAGAAGGAGGCUCAAGAAAAUGCUGCUUCGAGAUCGGUCGAUGACCAGGCAAAGCAGACGGACUCUCGUGCCUUGGAGAGGCCACCCACGGGUCCGAGAGGUGCUCCGCGAGGGCCUUCGUCAAUGCGUUCUGCUGGCGUCAAUCUGGCGAGCAAGGGCUACGAUAUCAAGCCUCCGCCUCCACCCAAGGACGUGGCCAUUUUGAAAGGAAAAGACAAAUUUGUGACCAAGGAUGUCGACGAGCGUGCCAAAGUAGCUGCGCUCACAAAGCAACGAUAUAUGGGCUCAGACACGAACACGUCGACCUUUUCGGCGUCAAAGAAACGAAAACGAACGACUGAGAAAAAGUUCAAUUUUGAAUGGAAUGCAGAAGAGGAUACUUCGCCUGACUACAACCCCAUAUAUGCAACACGCUCAGAAAACAACUUCUUCGGCCGUGGCAGACUGGGUGGAUUCGCUGAUGAUGCGACGGAUGCGCAAGCACGAGCGUAUGCACAGGCUAUUGCAGAACGCGAUCCUGAAGCGGGCAAACAACGAGCUGCAGAGAUUCUCGAUAUGGAGCGGAGACGGCGUGAGGAAGGUGGUCGUACUGGCAUUGACAAGCACUGGAGUGAGAAGAAACUGGAGAAUAUGCGCGAGCGGGACUGGCGUAUAUUCAAAGAGGACUUCAACAUUGCGACCAAGGGUGGCUCCAUUCCAAACCCCAUGCGAAAUUGGCAGGAAUCGGGACUACCAAAGCGAUUACUGGAUAUCGUGGAGCAAGUUGGCUAUACGGAUCCAUCUCCCAUCCAAAGAGCUGCCAUACCCAUCGCUAUGCAGUCUCGAGAUCUCAUCGGUGUCGCCGUUACUGGAUCUGGCAAAACCGCAGCUUUCUUGCUGCCCCUCCUGACCUAUAUCUCCGACUUGCCGGCGCUGGACGAAAUGACGAAGAACGAUGGGCCAUAUGCGAUUAUUCUUGCUCCGACACGUGAACUUGCGCAGCAAAUCGAGAUUGAAGCCAAAAAGUUCGCGACGCCCCUCGGCUUUACUUGUGUCUCCCUUGUGGGUGGCCACUCCAUUGAAGAACAAAGCUACAACAUGCGAGACGGUGCUGAAAUCAUCAUCGCCACUCCUGGACGUCUCGUCGAUUGCAUCGAACGUCGUGUUCUUGUCCUAUCGCAAUGCUGCUACAUCAUCAUGGACGAGGCUGACCGCAUGAUCGAUCUCGGGUUCGAAGAACCUGUGAACAAGAUCCUCGACGCUCUGCCCGUUACAAACGAAAAGCCCGACACAGACGAAGCAGAAAACGCCUCGGCCAUGACGCAACAUGUUGGUCUAUCGAAAUACCGUCAAACCAUGAUGUAUACAGCAACUAUGCCUUCGGCUGUUGAACGUAUUGCGAAGAAAUACCUCCGCCGUCCCGCACAGGUCACCAUCGGCAACGUCGGCGAAGCUGUCGAUUCCGUUGAACAAAGAGUUGAAUUCAUUCAAGGUGAGGAAAAGCGCAAGAAACGGCUCAAUGAGAUUCUGCACAGCAACGAGUUCGCUCCUCCGAUCAUUGUCUUCGUCAACGUUAAACGCAACUGCGACAAUGUCGCUCGAGACAUCCAGAAAAUGGGCUUUAGCUGCGUCACACUCCAUGGCUCCAAAACUCAAGACCAGAGAGAAGCAGCACUCAAAUCCCUCCGCGACGGCCAGACGGAGAUUCUCGUGGCCACAGAUUUGGCAGGACGUGGUAUCGACGUUCCCGACGUCUCGUUGGUUGUCAAUUUCAACAUGGCCACCAACAUUGAAAGCUACACGCAUCGUGUGGGAAGAACGGGUCGUGCGGGCAAGACUGGUGUUGCCAUUACAUUCUUGGGCGGAGAAGAUCAUGAUGUGUUGUAUGAUCUUAAACAGAUGAUCAGCAAGAGUCAGAUUUCGAGGUUGCCGGAUGAGUUGAGGAGACACGAGGCUGCGCAGAAUAAGGUGGAUAGAAAGAGCAAGGGCAAGGCUAUCACUUGA